GCAGUUAUUCCCGGUCAUCGGAGAGUUUGGUACUCAUUCGGUAACCGAGCGUGUCGGUUGUGUUUGUAAAGUUGCAGAAAAGUAACCAAACAGACGAGAUGUGUGUGUUGAGAGCCAAGAAAAGUUCUGGGGUCUAUUCAUAAGCUUGUUAAUUAUAGUGACGAAGACUUGACGCUAAAAUGUCAAACACGAUAAGUGGUAAGAAUUUAUUGCGUCCAACUGGACUGCAGUGCAAGGAUCUUCACGAAUAUCUAAAAACUCGGCCGCCAGAAACUCUGAAUAAACUGUAUCACAACCCUCCGAUUUGUCUGGCCGUUUUUCGCGAAUUGCCUGAAAUAGCGAGGCAUUAUGUUAUGCGAUUGCUGUUCGUUGAACAGCCCGUACCUCAAGCAGUCAUAGCUUCGUGGUGUUCAAAGUUACAUACCGACGAGCACCAGAAAGUUGUCAAAAUUCUCAAUGAGCUCAAUAUCUGGAAGGAAGCAUCAAUACCCGGUGGUCUACCGGGAUGGAUUUUGAAUUCAACAUUGAAGAAGAAUUUGAAAGUAGUUUUGCUCGGUGGCGGUAAACCUUGGACGAUGUCAAAUCAGCUAGAAACCGACAAUAAACCACGAGACGUCGCUUUUCUUGAUACGUAUGCCUUAGAAAGGUGGGAGUGUGUUCUCCAUUACAUGGUCGGAUCCCAGCAGCAAGAAGGAAUAUCGGCUGAUGCGGUGAGAAUACUGCUACAUGCUGGACUGAUGAAACGUGACGAAGAAGACGGCAGUCCAGUCAUUACACAAGCAGGAUUUCAGUUUCUACUGCUAGAUACAGCGUCCCAGGUCUGGUACUUUAUUCUUCAAUACUUGGACACAAUAGAAGCCAGGGGUCUGGAUCUGGUUGUUUGUCUAACCUUUUUGUUUCAAUUGAACUUUUCGACAUUGGGGAAAGAUUACAGUACUGAAGGUAUGUCAGAGGGAUUAUUGACAUUUUUGCAGCACCUCAGAGAAUUUGGUCUGGUCUAUCAAAGAAAACGUAAGGCUGGAAGGUUUUACCCUACCAGGCUAGCACUAAACAUUGCCACAGGUCAAAAUAAGCCUCUGUCAAGUGACUUAGAGAAGGAAGGAUACAUCGUCGUGGAAACCAAUUACAGAGUUUACGCAUAUACCAAUUCUAAUUUACAAGUAGCUCUGCUUGGUCUCUUUUGCGAAAUGCUUUACAGGUUCCCCAACUUGGUUGUAUCCAUUUUAACAAGAGAUUCAGUGAGGCAAGCCCUGAAGAGCGGCAUUACAGCUGAACAAAUCGUUGGUUACCUACAACAGCAUGCCCAUCCUAAGAUGAUUGCCUUAGGACCACCAACUUUGCCCCCUACCAUUGUGGAUCAAAUCAAGUUGUGGGAAAACGAAAGAAAUAGAUUUGUAUUUAGCGAGGGCGUUCUGUAUAGUCAGUUUCUAUCGCAGACUGACUUUGAAGUACUCAGAGAUCACGCAUUGACCACUCAAGUUCUAAUCUGGCAAAGCGAAAGAAAGCGGACAAUGGUUGUCACAAAAGCAGGUCAUGAUGACGUCAAAAAGUUUUGGAAGCGUUAUUCGAAAGGAAGCAGUUGAUUUCAAUUUUUGCUUUGCUUUGGGCAUUGCUGCCUGCUGGCGAGUUCUUCAUCUUUUAACUACAGUAUGUCUCACAUGUUCAGACUGUGCGAAUAUUUUUAACUCCUGAAUGAGACUACUAUUUUCAUUUUUCGAGCACUUGUACGUAAAAUGGUUCCAAAAGUCUGCUACCAAUCACUCUGGAAUAAAGCGACAUUGGAGUAAC